UCAGUCAACAACAGCUACACUUCUAGUAUAAACUACCAUCACAACUGCUUACUGAAUUGAGAAUGACUGGUUUUACCAGCAAGAGCUUGGUCCUGGCUUCUUUGAUGGGGUUGUUGUUGCUGUACUUGUGUGGUAUUUCUGAAGCACAAAGCAACCAAGACUGCUGUCUCUCAUACACUAAAGUAACACUGCCUCGACGGGCUAUAAGAGGUUACUCAGAACAGCUGUCAAAUGAAGUAUGCGAUAUCAAUGCAAUCAUUUUUCACACACGGAGUGGGAAGAAGGCUUGUGCAGAUCCACAUGCGCACUGGGUGAAGAGGCAUCUUUUUUGGCUGAGCAAAAAGCUUGAAAAGAUGUCAAGAUAAUAUGGUUUCUGAAAUGGAACUCAUGCUGAGGUGGCUGCAGAACCUAAACUAGGUUGGAAUUGCUGUCUUGUACACUGUUGUGUGCUUACUGACCCCUACUCUUGGCUUCUUUGGAACCGUUGAACUCCUGAAGUUGAUUCAUAUUGCAUCACACAUUUACUUGAAUUAUGCAUUUUGUUAAAGUAGCUGUUUUCUUUGCUAAUGUUUACUGCUGGAUAAGUAAGUGGAGGAGGAGGAGGACAUAUAAGCUAUUAUACUAUACAAAGUAUGUGCUGCAUGGCAGGGGUGUCAAACUCACCCCAGACCCCAGGCUGGAUCUGGUCUGCGAAGGCUCUCCCUGGGUUGGAUCUGUGCAGUCAGCAGUGACUGGUGGGUCAUGGUGUGGGGUGAAUGGUGAGGAUCCAAGGGCGAGUGACAGCAUGGGCCAGGCAGCAGAGGUCUGGGAGUGGGUAGCAGCAGAGGUGGGGAAAUUGGGUGGCAGCAUGGGUGGGGGGAAACGAGAGGCAAUUUGGGCAGCAGUGGGGCAAAUGAGGGCAGUAUCUACACAGUCCUCACUUGCCCUUCUGCCAUUGAUACCAAUGUCCAUCAGGGUCCAGGGACCCUGAAUUCUUCAGCAGUCAUGCUUCACUGGCCAUGUCUCCAGAUUUCUGGUGGUUUGCUGGACUACCAGUGGGUCAGAUGGAACAGUUCCAUGGGCCAGAUAUAGCCUGGAGGCCAUAUGUUUGACACCCCUGCUCUAUGGGAUUCACUGCAUAGCAAGUUUGUUUUAUUUAGCAUAUGUAGAACAGACUAUUUUUGUCUGCUUUAUUAUAUUUUUAGUAUUUUUGUGUCAAAAAUGUUCCAAUUGCAUUCUAAUGGAUACAAUUAUUUUUUACUAUUGUAAAAAAUCAAUGCAUUUGAGAGAGAGUGUAAACUGUGGAGAUACUUUAAAAACAUAUUAAAUGACCCCAAAUGAGAUGUCUGAAU